GGUUGGACGGUUCCUCCAAGUAUCAGUUCAAACAGGUGAACAACUCCCGUCCCGUGCACGGUUCUCCUCAAAACUGCGGGUAAUUCUGUCAGAGUAUUUUCGCUGAGAGAGAGUGAGAACUGAGAAGCAACGAGGGAAAAUUAGCGUAGAACAGAAGAGAUUUAGCAGAUCCGCAAUGUGCUUUUUGGAUCUCGAAAUCGGCAAAUAAUUUGUUUGAUCUGCUCCCUGUUUUGGUUUUUCUGCUCAGAGAUCCCAGAAUGGCGUCUCCAUCGGCAUUUACUUUACUAUGCUUUCUUUCCUUGUUACUUAGCGUCAUUCACUGCAAAACCCUAAAGAGAGACGUGAAAGCCUUGAAUGAAAUCAAGUCAUCUCUUGGGUGGAGAGUAGUCUACGCGUGGAUAGGAGACGACCCUUGUGGAGAUGGUGACCUACCACCUUGGUCCGGGAUCACAUGUUCGACACAGGGUGGCUAUAGGGUUGUAACAGAACUUGAAGUGUAUGCAGUCUCAAUUGUUGGGCCUUUUCCCACUGCUGUAACCAAUCUGUUGGAACUGACAAGGCUGGAUCUCCAUAAUAACAAGUUGACUGGGCCAAUCCCUCCUCAAAUUGGACGUCUGAAAAAUCUUAGAAUUCUUAAUUUAAGGUGGAAUAAGCUACAAGAUGUCAUUCCUCCUGAAAUUGGUGAACUAAAGAAACUGACACAUCUGCACCUGAGCUUCAAUAGUUUCAAAGGGGAAAUACCUAAGGAGCUUGCAAAUCUGCCUGAGCUUCGUUAUCUCUAUCUUCAUGAAAAUCAUUUUACAGGGAGAAUCCCGCCAGAGUUGGGCACACUGCAAAAUCUUCGGCACUUGGAUGUUGGUAAUAAUCAUUUGGUGGGCACCAUAAGGGAGCUCAUUCGUUUUGAAGGAAGUUUUCCUGCUUUGCGUAAUCUGUACAUAAAUAACAACUUUUUGACUGGAGGAAUACCAGCACAACUUGCAAACUUGACUAACUUGGAAAUUUUGUAUCUAUCUUACAAUAAGAUGUCUGGAACAAUUCCUUCAGGAGUUGCCCAUAUUCCUCGAUUAACUUACUUGUAUUUGGAUCACAACCAAUUUUCAGGGAGGAUUCCAGAUGCCUUCUAUAAACAUCCUUUCUUAAAAGAAAUGUAUAUUGAAGGAAGUGCAUUCCGGCCAGGUGUAAAACCAAUAGGUGCCCACAAGGUCCUGGAAUUAACAGACACAGACUUCUUAGUCUAGGAUUUAGAUAAAUUGUUGUCUUGUUCUUUAUUUGCUUAGCGAUGUUGCUGUCAUUUUAAUGGAAUGUCAGGAAUGGGAAAUUUGUUUUUAUAAGCUUCUUCGUCCUUGCUGCCUCAUGAAAUUUGUCUUGGCGUAGAUGAAAACUAGACUGCGGGCCGAUUGCGUUGUACAUAACUAUAUUAUAUAAUUUCAUAUCAAACAAUUGAGAUCAGUUUUUUGUUUUAGGAAAGAAAUCAAUAAUUGUAUAAUAAGUUCUCCGGGUGCCAAA